AUGUCGAAGAGCAUCGAAAUUGCACAGAUUGUAAGUGCACGCCAUUCUUCCAGCAGAAGAAGAACGAAAGGCAGUGGAUAUUCAACGUGCUGGACGCAAUGGGUAAAGUACCAUCAGGAAUCACAGGCGGAAACAAUCUCUGGGUCGGAUCAUGGCAUACUUGCAGGAAAAUCCAUGUCGUUAAAAACAAUCAAGGGUAAGGAGUUGGCAGCCGUUAUGUUAAAAGAUACGGUAGUGAUGGGUUUGCAGCCAAAAAUGGAAUGGCCAAUAUUGUAUGGCACAUUUGGAAGCCUACGAGCGGAACAAUCCAUUGAAAGCUCUUCAAGCAAGUGGACCAGUCGACUCUCACUGCUUCCACAAGGCAAAUUCGAGUACUUUUUAACGUUCACGCUGAUCAUGAUGGUGUUCGGAACUCUUUAUGACCUGUUCAUCCAUCAACCAGAGCUUGACGUCCUGCCAGCUUCGGAGCGGCGAACAAACCAUUUGUUCAUUCGAAUAAUUCUGUCGUACUCGGUCUAUACGAACGGUCUGGAAAUUCUCCGCACAUCAAAGAAAGAUGGCGAGGUCAACUGCCUUCAUGGAGUUCGCUUUCUCAGUAUGUGCUGGAUUAUACUUGGACACACUUAUUACUACAUAGCAACGAGUCUCACAUUAGGUAAUUGGAAACCUCUUUUUAGUCAGCUCAAGAUUUUAAAUAAGACAAGUAUAUGA